CGCUCUCUCUCUCUCUCUCUCUCUCGCUCUCUCUCUCUCUCUCUCUCUCUCGCUCUCUCUCGCUUGCUUCACCUCCUUAGCUUUCUCUUACACACUAGCACUGUCUCACCUGCUUAAUCUAGCUCAUGUGUUCACAUUGUGUCUAGUGGCCAGUUUUACCUCCCCUGACCAGCGGUCAGGCUUCGUGUCGCUGCUCAAUGUUUGCCUAUGCUCAGCUCUCCUCUCUUUAGUUUCUGUUCUUGACGCAGCCCCUUCAGUCUACUGCAGCUGUGCAGUUCUUCUUGCCUGCUGCUAAGCUGGGCAUCGGCUUCAACUUUCGUUCAGCGGUCACAGCAUGGAGGCCGUGGCUCUUUACGACUUUCGUGCCACAGAGAGCGAUGAGCUCAGCUUCCAGAAGGGUGACAUACUCAAGAUCACCAAUAUGGAAGAUGAUCCAAACUGGUACACAGCAGAGUUAAUUGGAAGGAGGGGCUAUGUGCCCAAGAACUAUAUCAAUGUAAGACCGCACAUAUGGUUUGCGGGACGAAUCUCCAGACUCGUUGCUGAGGGAAGGCUGCGGCAGCUUGAGUGUGGAGCAUUCUUGGUGCGGGAGAGUGAAAGUGCACCUGGGGAGUUCUCCAUGUCGGUCAGCUAUGGUGAUCAUGUGCAACACUUCAAGGUUCUGAAGGAGCGAGAGGGGAAUUAUUAUAUCUGGGAAGAAGUUUUUUCCUCCCUCAACCAGCUGGUGGAAUUCUACAAGAGUAAUAGCAUUGCUAAAGAAAGGACUGUCUUCCUCAGAGAAACAGAACACUCACCACGAAGGCCCCAUCAUGUCCGAGCACUGCAAGACUACAACACACAGCACAACUCGCAGCUGGCCUUCCAGCAAGGUGAUAUCAUAGACCUGCUUGACUGUUCAGACCAAGAGUACUGGAAAGGCCAUUGCCAUGGCCGUGUGGGCUUCUUCCCCAGAGAGUAUGUGAAGCCCAUUUACCACUGACUUCUCGUGACACCUUAAUUGUGGGGACCUAAUUUACAUGCGGACUAGAAACCAAUAUCCGAAGAGUUAAUGUAGUGUCCGAGCUGGUGCGAAAGGUAAAGGUCAUGGCUGGCAACUUUCAAAGAAGAAAACGAUGAGAAACAAUGUAACCAUUUUCAUUUAGCCACUACACUGUAAAAGCAAUGAUGGCAUCACAAAAAGAUUUUUGGACUAUUUAUGCCCUUUGAUAAAAGGAAGAAACAUUACUAAGAGAGCAAUAGAAAACAGAAUCCACCUUUUUGAAUUCUCUGAAGUUCAGUGCAUUUAUAAAAAAUUCAACCAUCUUACUAUGGCUAGUCUUUUCCAUCUUAGUGUUUACAUGAAUGCCACUUAAGAAGGAAAAUAUAGUGGUUGACAUUAUGUUUCAAGUUAUUUUAUAUCUAAAAAAUGCUAGAAGCAUAGCAUCUUCAAGCUAAGAUCCAAGACUGUUUGUUGCUGUCCUCCAAAAACAAAACAUUUAUGCAGUAAUCAGUGGCAUCAUCAACUAAAUAAAGGCUGGUGGCAGGUAUAUGUAUAAAGAUAUGCAAGUAAUCAUAUUUUCUUAUAUGAAACUGAAUCAAACCAUGCUGCUUUUUAAGCCAGUUCACUCGCUCCCACGUCCCUCCAACACCGCCAAACCUACGCCUGAUGCUGCUCACAGGCCCACAUGCUAUCAAAUGUAACAUUUGUGGCAUAUUCUUUGUGCACUUGAAUCGAUUUGUUCAAAACGGGGUGUAUUUUCAUUAUUUACAUCGUACUUAAUGUAUAUCUACUUUAUUAUUUUAGAUUUUUUUUUCUUUUUUCUCAUUUUGUUAUCUAAAAUAUCUUGUCACAUAUUUGAAUUCCAUGUGUCAACUAUUAGUAGCAAAAAUGUAAAUAAAUGUGUUAAAGAUGAG